UCUAAUCCUUUUUCCAGUUGCUCGCAGUUCGCGAAUUUCACCAAACUCCCUGCGCUGCAUUUGUUUGUCUCCUCCGCUUCAGAAGCGAUCGUCAAUGGCACCGAAGCCCGCAGGGGAGAAGAAGCCCGCAGGGGAGAAGGCCCCGGCGGAGAAGCGGCCGAAGGCGGAGAAGAAGAUCUCCAAGGACGGCGGCGACCUGAAGAAGAAGAAGAAGGCGAAGAAGAGCAGCGAGACCUACAAGAUCUACAUCUUCAAAGUCCUGAAGCAGGUCCACCCGGAUAUCGGGAUCUCCAGCAAGGCGAUGGGGAUCAUGAACAGCUUCAUCAAUGACAUCUUCGAGAAGUUGGCCCAGGAAGCUUCUAGGCUCGCGAGGUACAACAAGAAGCCCACAAUCACGUCUCGGGAGAUCCAGACCGCAGUCAGGCUCGUCCUCCCGGGGGAGCUCGCCAAGCACGCCGUGUCCGAGGGCACAAAGGCCGUCACCAAGUUCACCAGCUCCUAAAAUUUGAGUUUCGUAUAGUAGGGUUUCAGUUUUGAUUUCGAAUUUUCUGAUGUUAUUAUUACUACUGACUGAUCAAUGAAAUUGAUAUGUUUCUCUCAUUG